AUGAGCUCAGCAUCAUCCGGAGCUGAAGGACCACAGACACCUGAAGAUGUGGGAAGAGAUCAACCGGAGCCAGAGAUUGAUGAACUGGGUCGCGUCAGGGUUGCGAACAAGUACGCCACGAUUAUUGCAUCCAGACAGGCAUACGGCCAACUCUUGUCGCCGGGACGGAGAAGCCGCAUGGAAUUGUGGGUCGAGCGUCUGCCCUACGACUGGCAUUUUGAGGACGCGAACACAGCUUGCCUGAUUGCAGUCACAGUGUAUAAAGACUGGCUAGAUUGGUCAGAGUCGAAAGCAUUCUCCUGGCUCGACAAGCUCACCAAGUUUGAGCGCCGCUUUAGAGUUGCUGGGGUCGCAUAUCACAAGAUUCCGUAUGCGCUGCGACAUGCCUCAACUGUUACUAAUAGCUACCGAAUAAACCCUGUCAUCUUAGUACGUCUGAGUCAAAUAUUCGAGACCGAUGGUCCACGUGCUCAGCAGUCAUUCUUCCGCCCGUGGAUUCAAAUCUCCAAUGCUGCCAAGGAAGUGUUAGGAAAUUUGAUAGCGAACAAGAACGAACCGGAGGAUAUUGAUCGGCUUCGCAUACUGGAGUCUGGAUCCGAAGUUGCGUUGUCGUUGCUAGCAAAUUCACUGCCUAACUUGGAAUCUGCAUUGGCGUGGGUCGAGGAAUACGUCGCAGACCUCGCUGAUCGCUCCGACAUUGAUGGAAGUGACAAUCUGGCCGCCAAGCAUAGCCGUGAAGGAGGCUUGUUUCGGAGAUGGAUACAGACCUUCACAGAAAUUGAGUUGGGCACGGUACAAUCUCAGUCUGAAUUCACGGAAGGUUUCGUUGAUGCUGUGUCAGGAGAUGAGGAUAUUGUGGAGUAUAAAUACUAG